ACUCAAAACUCAAAACAAAGGGGAGCAGCUCGAGAUCGAGUCAGAGAGAGAGAGAGAGAUGGGCGGUAGUGAGAAGGCGGCGACGCGAAGGGACCGAUGGGGGUACCCAGUGAGGACGGCCUCCGGCGCCUGCAUCGACGCCAUCGACGCCUACUACGAGCAGGUCCUCGCUUACGGCCGCGACCGGGCUGUCAUCCUCCGCGCGGCAACCCACGAUCGCUCGUGCACCCUAGCUAACGCCCUCGCGGCACACUUCGUGGCGACCAAGAAGCCCCAGGAGGCCUCCCGUCUACUGCAUGCCGCCAACGCUUCUUUGGGCAAUGCUACACCGUACGAGAGAGCAGUGGUCGCAGCGAUCUCAUGUUUGGUGGGCGAUAAAAAAGACGAGGACUUGGCGCUUAAUCGGCACAUCGAGCUAUUGAAGGAGUUUCCUAAGGAUAUGUUGUCACUCAAGAGAGCACAGAUCUUAUGUUUCUACUUGGGUCGGCCUGUUGUGUCUCUUAACAUAGUUCAACAGGUGCUUGUACACAAUGAAGGCCUUAGCUAUAUCUACGGUAUGCUUUCUUUUCCAUUGUUGGAGCUUGGGAGAAUGACUGAAGCUGAGGAAGCUGCAAGAAAAGGAUUGAGUAUCAACAGUUGUGAUUUCUGGUCACAACAUAAUUUGUGCCAUGUUCUUCAAAAUGACUGUCGUUUCAAAGAAGCCACAAGUUUCAUGGAAGCUUGUUCUUCCUCAUGGGAUUCCUGUUCAUCUUUCAUGUAUGUAAUUCUUGAUUUUAAUUCUAUAGUUGUACAUGCCUUUCUUGUACUGCUUGUGAUUUUCUUGAUUAAAAUAUGCCUUAGGUAUACACACAACUGGUGGCAUGUUGCUGUUUGUUAUUUGGAAGGUGAUUCUCCUUUAAAUAGGGUUCUUGAAGUUUAUGAUGAAAAUAUUUGGAAGGGAUUACUGAGAAUUGAUGCUGAGCCAGUAGAAGUGUAUAUCAAUGCUUUAGGGUUGCUGCUUAGAAUCUACCUGCGCGGCCAUACCCAUGAUAUUAUUGAUAGGCUGAAGUUGCUGACAGCUGCUUUAAAGGAUCAGUCCAUAUGGCAUGUUGAAUGGUUGCUAGAUAUACUGGCAUUGUGGGCUUUGGCUUGCACAAAAGAGACAAACAGAGCAGAGGAUUUACUUCACUCAAUUAAAUCGAGAUUUUCUACAUGGAGCAGUCAGAAGCAAAAGUCAAUGCAAGCUGCAGUACAGCUUGCAGAAGCUAUUUAUGAAUAUGGAAGGAGUAACUUCUUUAAAGUCUUUGAUUUGCUUGGUCCAAAUUUUGAUGCCAUUAACUUCAAAAUGAUCGGAGCAUCUGAUGAACAGCUUGAUGUCUUCAAUGAAGUUUGGUACAUAGUCUUGCUGAAUAGCGGACAAGUUCCCAAAGCUAUUGAAGCCCUGAAAAAGCAAGUUAGCAAAAGGCCAGGAGCACCUUUUCUUUGGCGGUUGCUGGAGAAGGCAUAUUCUAUCGAAGGAAUGCCCGAUCAGUUUCUCGCGGCCGAAAAGGCCAAGACUUUGGGAGCUGCCUAUUUCAGGUAAGUCGCGAAUUGUAAGACUAUGACAAUAAUGAUGCCCAAGUAUGUUGUAAAUCUCAGAGAAGGGCCAAAUGUAACUGUUAUUCCUUCAUACAAAUACAAAGACUUCUACUACUUUGUUCUUGCUAAAAGAUAUCGAGUUAGAAGAUUGGUGAUGUUCA